CUCUGACAGCGAGGAUUCGGAGAUCAGCGUCGUCACGAUCUAAGUACAACCAAGCCACGCCCCUUGGUACCGUCACGGUGAGGUGUCCGUAAGAAAAUGUCGGGACGCUCAGUCAGAGCCGAGACCCGCAGCCGGGCUAAAGAUGACAUCAAAAAAGUCAUGGCAGCCAUCGAGAACGUCCGCAGAUGGGAGAAGAAAUGGGUGACAGUCGGGGAUACGUCUUUGCGGAUAUUUAAAUGGGUUCCUGUAAUCGAUGGAAAGGAUCAGAAAGAGAAAAUGAAAAGGAACAUGCCUUCAGAUGGUGCUCCAACUCCUGCCAAUUCCUCUCUGCUGCUAGAAUUUCAAGAUGAAACAAGUAACCAAAGUUCAUUGUCUGAUGUCUACCAGCCAAAAGUGGAAAGCAGCACUUCCAGCCCAAGCCCUCCACGUAGUGUCUCCCCAAGCCCUGUUCAUACAUUAGACUCUCAGCCACCUACCUUGGGACAAGAGAGUUUAGAAGACCCCUCCAUGCCUCACAAAGAAGUGGCCGAUGAACCCCCAACUCUCACCAAGGAAGAGCCAUCUCUAUCCACUGCACAGGCUGGGGGUCUAGAUGAGUCUGGAGCUCCACCUCUGAAGAGGGUAUGCCCAGAUGUGCCUUCUCAGGCUCCUGCCAUUUUGGAAGGCUAGUGCCAGUUAUAUGUCUCCCUUUUCCGCCACAGCCUUUGGAGAUCUCUAGUUGAUACAGAUUGCACUGGAGGCUGGGAAUUGUGCAAUUAUUUGAAAAUGUACCUUUUCAUAUGAGGGAUGAUCACACAAACUCAUAAGUGCACAAGCCUUUGCGUAUAUUCUUUUGUCAGAACCUUAGCACUCUUCUGUAAUAUCACGGCAAGUCAAUGGAUGACUGUGCCAAGAAAUAUGCUUCCUUCUGCCAGUCUAGAUUGCUGAAGAGCUUAACAAACAUUUCUUAGACUGUAGCACAUUAGAGACGUAAAGCUUGUUGCUUUAUUUCUGUAGAGUCUGCCACAAACUGUAUCAUGCCAAGCUUUCCAGGAGAUGUCAUCCGACAAUCUGAAGUAUGGCUAGUAUUCUUAUUAUCUAUCAUCUUCAAAAUCAAAAUGUUCCCACUGAAUUUAAUUUUUGUUGUGUUACCCUGUCACCUGGCCCCACUUCUGAGACAUUCUGUAGACAAGUCACUGCUAGAAGAAGGAACUUCUAAGAGUCUCUUCCUCAAUGAAAUGCACUUUACCUCUUUACCAUUCAGUCCCAGGACUGGCAGAUGGACUCAUCACCUCCCAAACCUAGGGCUGUCUUAUCAAUACCAUCAGUCUCAUCAAUACCCAUACCAAGGAGUCUGUUGUGGUCUCAUCACUGCCCAAGCAAGAGAUAGUCUGUCUCCUUACCAUCAUAUGUAUCCAUAGCUUGGACUGCCUAAACAGUUAAUGUAUGAAGGGUGACUGCAGGCCAAUUCUGGGACUGUUUGUGCUUCUUGUUACCAUCUGAACUUGGAACUUCCCAAAGACAUGCUCAUCGUAUGGGUAGGAGGUGGCCACCACCUAUCAGAGGACUUUCUGAAGGACUCCUCCUCACCAAAACCUGGCACUUUAGCUCAUACCCACAAAGUCCCACAGCCCACACCUUGGACGGCCUGAUGGCCACAUCUCUGACAAAGUAAAGAAGGUUAGCCAAACAACACAGGUCAGUGUAGCGGGGAUCUCCCCUGCACGUUUAUUUCGUCAAAUGAUGUACGUAGGGGAAAUUAGGUAACUGUGUUGCUGCACAUCUCUGACAAACCCAGGACAGUACAAAGAUCUCAUGGACAUCCAUCCCUGAAACUGUCAGACUGUCUCAUCUCUGCCUAAAUAGGGACUGUCUGACAACCUUAUUUUUCAGGCCAAACCUGGGGUUGUCUGAGAUUCUUGUCACCAUCUGAAUUUGACAUUUGAAGGACCUGCACAUCAUUAGAUAGGCGGUGGCCACCACUUAAUAGGAGAUUUCUAAUGGAUUCCUUUUCAGCAAAACCUUUCGCUUUCACUUAUCUCAUGACCACCUAAUCCCUAGACUGGCCGAUAAUCUCAUCACCUCCCAAACCUAUGAAUGUCUGAUGACCUCGGACUGUCUGAUGGUCUCAUCUCUGCACAAACCCAGAAAAGUCUGAUCUCCUCACUGCCCAAAUCUGGGACAUCACAAAGGUCUCAGAGAUUCAAUCAUUGACUGUCUGACUGUCUCAUUACUGUCCGAAGAGGGAUUGUCCGGCAGCCUCAUUCCAGGCUAAAUCUUGGCUUGUCUGAGGGUCUUUACAUCAUCUGAACCUGGGCGUUCCAAUAUCUUGCUCGUCAUUUGUGUCAUUUGUGUAGGAGUUGGCCUUCACCUACAAAUGGACUUUGAGUGCAUCUGCUGAAAAUUCACAGAAAGUUACAUUUCUCCAUUGCUUAACUUUAUUUUUCUCUGCCUUCGCUAUGCUUAGACUUCCUGUUUUGAUCGGGAAUAAAAUAUCCUUGGUGACUCAAAACAACCGCAGAGGAAGCUUUUUAGUUUGGAUGUAUUUUACCACAACAAAAAAUAUUUUUAAUAAACGAAGCUAUCCAAAAAAUGGUA